AACAAAGCAGGGUCCCAUCAAAAAGAAGAAAUACAGGUUCUCAGUGCUAUCUUGCAUAGAAUAGGAAUUUCCAUCUUGUACAAAUCAGUUCCAAGACUGAAAGAAGUGAGAUAUAUAAAGCUGGAAAUGUGUGUGUAUUAUAUCAGUUGGUAUCUUCCAAGAGUUUAAAAGGAUUGUCUACCUGUUUGUAGAAAUUAAAUAUCCUGGAAUAUGGUGGAAGCAGUACUAAUAGAUCUGUUCAGCAUCCCAGCCAACUUGCAGAACAACAUCCAAGGAUUACUAUGCAACACACUGGAAACUAUUGAGAAAUGCUCUUCCAUCCAUGCUCCAUUUGUUUAUGUCAUAUGUUGCCAGAGGCAGGGGAGCGAAAGGAAAGGUGAAGAAGAGUUCUUGCUUCCAGCUCUGGGAGGUUUUCAGAGUCUGAAGAGAAGAUUGGAGGUGGUACGUGCUCUGACUACAGCUGCUGCUUUGUACACCAUCAAACAGAGACUGGAUGAAAAAGACCUAAGCAUCAUUAAAGUUAUUCUCCCUACCUUAAGAAAAGACUUAAUGAAAGCAUAUAUAGACCAUCUCUUUACAGCAGUCUACCAGUUUGAAUAUGAGGAUUUACAGGUGGUAUCUGGCUCUGAAAAUCUACAGAUAUCUGAAUCUCAGGGUGAAGGGCAAACACUUCCUUCACAGGACAUGGCGCUCAUCCAAAGUGAGAUUCAGAUGCACUUGGAAAGCCUGCCAAGCCUGAAAGGGGAGCUCACCAUCCUCAGAUCCUCCCUGAUUCCAGAUGAUACCUUCUUACAUGGGUUCACCACAAGGACAGGUGGGAUCUCAUAUAUACCAACCCUAAGCUCCUGCAAUCUCUUCAGCAGUUCCAAGCGGAGGGACCCAAACAUUGUUGUUAAAGAAAAUCUCCGUCGGCUAGCUAAUGCUGCAGGAUUUAACCCAAAGGCCUUUCACAGAGUCAAGGUUGAUCACGCUAAUGCAGUGUGUAUUAUGGGAAAGACAGAGCCUGACAGCUAUGAUGGCAUAGUUACAAAUCAGAAAGGUGUUACGCUAGCAGCUCCUGGUGCUGAUUGCAUACCCGUGCUAUUUGCUGAUCCUGUCAGAAAAGUCUGUGGUGCUGCCCAUUCUGGAUGGAAAGGCACAUUGUUAGGAGUGUCUGUGGCCACAGUAAAUGCUAUGGUAUCUGAAUAUGGCUGUAAUGUUAAAGAUAUCCUUGUGGUGCUGGGCCCAUCUGUAGGACCUUGCUGCUAUAAACUUCCUCGUGAAUCAGCGAAAGAAUUUCACAGAAUUGAUCCACAGUGUGUGAGACUAUUUGAUUCUGCAAAUCCUUAUAUUGAUAUUAGAAGAGCAACACGGAUUCUUCUUGAGAGAGGUGGGGUUCUUCCUGAGAACAUCCAAGAUGAUUCUGUCACAGACCAGAACCAAAAUAUCACUUUCUGUACUGCCUGCCACCCUGAUAAAUUUUACUCUCACUUUCGUGAUGGCACUAACUUUGGAACACAGAUUGGCUUCAUAUCAAUCAAAGACUGAGACAGUAUCUCUUACUCUGGAAUAGUAUUAGGACGAUAAGUCUGCCGCAUUGUCUGGCAUCCUGCUCUCCUCAUAGAAGUUCUUCUUCCUUUCACAGCCUUGCAAUAGGGAAUUCAUGGGUCUUGAGAUUCUCCUGCUUCUUCCCUUCCCUUCCCUGCCACUCUGAGGCAAAAAUAAAUAUCUAGGGUGUGGGACAACAAUUCUUGUGUGAGACAGGAUGCAAAGGAAACAAGGACAAGCCACACAACUGGCAAAGCACUUCUGCAAGACCAGAUGGAAGCUCCAUGUUUAUGGAUCCUCCUUGACCGUUUUCCAGAAACGUCACUAUUUUAAGGUGGUGAAAGCACAAAAAACUCCAGUCUUCACUAACUUCUGGGUGAUACUGUUGAAUGAAGUUAAGUAUGACCUGAGUAAUAGAGGAAGAGAAGCCUGUUUGGCAUAUUAACUGUUUGAGAGCACCCAACUACAGUAGUUUCAGCUGAAGCUUUACAGAAUUUUGUGCAUGGGAUUGAUUUUCUACUUGGGAUUACUUUACAGAAGAGCUCCGAAACACUUAAAGGACUUUUCCCAUGGAAAUAACUUGAAAGUGAGAAUCAAGCAAACUCCUUUGGGGCAGACAUUGAAAAUAUAUGAACAUUCACUAUUCUGUACUUUUUGAUUGUAAUAAAAAUAGGGCUAAGACUCUUAAUAUAGGACAUGUAUGUUCAUAUUUCCUUAGGAGUCUUUUCUUUAAACAUCAGUGCUUUGAUAAUGUCCAUUGACACAUUCUCAACA